CGUCGUUUCUGGGAUUGUUUUCUUGCCGUGACAGCACGGAGAAGACACAAGUGGACCUUCCCUUACAAAAAGCUAUCCGGUGCUAACACAUGCGCCAGCCUUGGGAAGGGAGCUGUCCAGUGCUGAACUUGCAUUUCUCUUCCAGCGAAACGCGCCGUUGCAGAACAGCAACGACCAAGCAAAAAGAGCGAAGCUUUGCGUCUCCCCGUGCUGCUAUUUGAACCACGCCACAGAGAGCCAUUCGUUUGUGAAAGAGACUGCAUCAGCGUUGCAUGAAGAAAGAAAUAAUCCGUACUGGAAGAGUGUUUUGGGGGGCAACGUCAAAAACAUGCCAAGGUCUUUCCUGGUUAAAAAGGUUAAGCUCGAUGAUUUCUCGACCAGUGAUCUCGAAAGUUCUUAUGGUAGAUCCAGGACCGACUUCAGUCUCCGGCUUCAUGAAAAAGGAUACAUUAGCGACUACAUCAACCCCUCCGUAUAUGAUGGGGAGAGCGACAGCGCCAUUAAAGUGCCGUCUCCUGAGCCUCUAUACGACGGUAUAGCCAGUGAUUAUGGAGCACCGGACUCGGACCAGCCCGACAGCCCCCAGUCUGAGAUCACAUCUGGUUACAUCAACGGGGACAACGCAGUGAGUGAAGGGUAUGCGGUUGAUGCGUUUUUCAUCACGGACGGAAGGUCACGGAGGAAAGUCAUUAGCAGUUCGAGGACCAUACAGCGCCACACGUGCAACGAGUGCGGAAAAACCUACGCUACGUCUUCCAACCUGAGCCGACACAAGCAGACCCACCGGAGCCUGGACAGCAAGAUGGCCAAAAAAUGCGCUACAUGUGGGAAGGUGUACGUCUCCAUGCCAGCUAUGGCCAUGCACCUGUUGACCCACGACCUCAAGCACAAGUGUGACAUAUGCGGCAAAGCAUUCAGUCGACCUUGGCUCUUGCAGGGCCACAUGAGGUCACACACCGGCGAGAAGCCCUUUGGAUGCGCACACUGCGGAAAAGCGUUUGCGGAUCGUUCAAACCUCCGCGCGCACAUGCAGACGCACUCUGCUUUCAAGCACUUCAAGUGCAAACGGUGCAACAAGACAUUCGCGCUGAAGUCCUACCUGAACAAGCACUACGAGUCCGCCUGCUUUAAAGGCGCGUUCUCGCCUCUGAGUCCACUUGAAGCAUGACUUCCUUAUUCAGGACUUUAAUAUUCUCCUAGAAACACAACGAUAGCACAAUUUUUUCGAUUCUCUUCAAUAAUGAACUAAUGGAAAUUAUCUUCGCAUGAACUUAAAAAAAAAUGUUUUUUUUUUCUCCAGUUGCAUCUCUAUAAUGCAACUUUAGAACAUAAAUAUGAUAUGUUUUGCCUAAUCUCAGUGAAGACGUCAAAAUGUCUAUUUAUUCUCGAAAAGGUAAAACAUUUUCCAGUUACUGGAUAACACUGUACCACUGCAAGUGACUACACAAGCAUUCAACACUGAGGUAAAACAAAUUUAUUUAUUUAUUUAUUUAUUUAUUUAUUUAUUUACUUGCCCAGCCUUUCUUAACCCAAGUGAAACUUUUUAUUUUUUACUUUAUAUAGUUUUCUCCGACCCCUUAAUCAUUAAUAUGCCAAAGCACUUGUCGCUUUCUGAAUAAUUAUUCACCUUUGUGUUACUACCAUUCAGAAAUUAUUGCAUGCAAAAAAGGAAAAAUCUAUGCCAAUUUUACAAAGCUUUUAAUUUAGCCAAAAUCUAGAUAGUUUCUAGGGGGCAAUAUUUCUUGGGAGUCUCAUGAGAAACUAGAGCAAUAAUAACUCAAUGCAUGGUACUUUUACAAUUAAACAAUAAUACCUACCACCGUUUUUAAAAAUCAGGUAUGGUUAACCCAGUACUCAUAUUAAUCAAACAGAAUAUCAAUAUCAGGGAAAAUGCCAGAAUAGUGUUAGAAAAUAAUGGUUAGGUAAAAAAGACUAAAAAAAAAGAACCUUCCUUUGGUAUAUGGUUAUGCACUGCCUGCCUCUUACUUACUGUAGUUUUAGGACUUAGGCUUGUUGUGCUGGAGGAUCAGCUCCAAGCGGUUCAGAACAUUUUUCCGAAUCUGCGGAUCAUUCACCGCAAAAAAUAUGGACUCUUACUGAUGGGGGGAUGGAAUGGGAUAGAUUGGGUGGGAUGACUUUCUGCGGGCCAGACUAUUUGCACUGUUUUCAGACUACUGCACGUGAUUGAGCGUUUUAGCCACGUGAAAGUCCCACAGAUUUGUUUUUCAAGCUCUUCCUUUUAGAUAUUUCCAAGUAGCACAAAAAACCCUCAUACAUUCAGGUAGAAGGAACUUGUAUUAGCUUGACCUCGGUUUCUUCCCUUUUUGUAUAUCAAAUUGAAAACAAAUAAUAAUAAAAUGAAAAAAACAGUGUUACAAGAAAACUUGUAAAUACACCCUCUGGAGUUUUAAGAUUGAUUUCCAGUUCUGGGGAGGGUGUGGCAUCCUGUAGAUUUUUUUGAGCCAGUAUUUGAAUGAUGUAAGCACAAUGACACCAGACAUUUUAUCGCACUUCAUAAUAAAGAAUAAAUAAAUAUA